AUGGCUUCAAUAGGGAAAUCAAUAGGAUAUAACUUUUUUGCGCAGCUCUUUGGACGUAUCAUUUCUUUCAUCAUCAACGUGUAUCUACUUCGGGUUAUUGAUAGCGAAGUGAUCGGAAUCGUGAAUGUUCGGUUGACGUUAUUGUAUAACACAAUAUUGUUCUUAACACGAGAGCCAUUGAGAAAAGGAAAAAUAUUUGAGGGAACUCUACCUCAAUUUGUCAACAUUGUUUGGCUCAGUCCAGUCAUCGCUACCGUUCUUUCGGUAAUUUGUGUGGCAUUUUGGAACGUUUUUUCAUCAACUUCAAGAGAAAUUCCGACUUUUGUCUUACUCGCCUUUCCGUUGUCUGCGAUUAUUGAAUCGAUUGGAGAGCCAUUUGCCGUUUUUUCUUUACGGUUUUCACUAACUGCGCAUUAUGCUUGGUCGCAAUGUCUCUUGAUCAGUUUUCAAAGGAUUUUCGUACUUUUCCUAUUGUUGUUUACAAAUUCAUACGAACACUUGAUGAUUUAUGCAUUAGCACAGAUCUUUGCUUCAAUCAGUUACACAGUCUUCCAUUUUUGGUGUUUCUUUAAAUUUUCUAAACAAAGGAUUCCGGAGUUAAAUUUAUUUCCGUCUUUCAAAAGCUUUUUUCCAAGCUUUAAUCUUGGAUUUAACACAAAUGCGCUCUCAAAUUUGACCCACCUUUUUGGACACUCUUUCCUCAAGCAAUUAGCGACUGAUAGCAGUGGCUAUUUAAUGACUUUUACUGAAAUUACUUCAUUGAAGAAUCAAGCCGUAUUUGAUGCGAUCGAAAAAUUGGGCAGCCUUGUUUGUCGAAUAGUUUUAGCUCCACUCGAAGAAAGUUGCGCGGCACACUUCAGGAAUGAAAUCCAUAACGCCUCGAAGACUCUGCGAAAGUCAUUUAUUGAUAUUCUCCAUGUUUCCUCUGUGAUAGGACUCAUUGUUUGCAUCUUUGGCGUUCCCUAUUCGAAAGUUGCAGUCUGGCUUUACGGAGGGAAACUUCUAGUCGAGAAUGGAGGUGAUUUGCUGCUCUCUGUAUAUUGUGUCUAUAUUUUUGUCAUGGCAGUCAAUGGGAUAACGGAAUGUUUUGCUAUGGCUACAAUGGGUAAUGCACAGUUGUUAAAACAUAGUUAUUUCUUGUUCUUCUUGGCUUUACUGCAACCAUUCCUUGCUUAUCAUCUGGUAUCGAUCGUAGGAGUUUCCGGGUUUAUUGUAUCCAAGUGUAUUGACAUGAUUCUACGUAUUAUAUUCAGUUGGUUACAAUCCAGGAAGUUUUUUGGAAGCGAGCUCAUGAUUACCGAUAUCUUGCCUUCUUGGUCAAUUUUGUUGUCGAUUCUUCUUACAUUCUCAGGGGCGUUCUUCUCUUCUCAAUACUUUGAAGCAACAGAAUUUAUGCAGUCGUUAUGUCAUCUGGUCAUAGGAGGAAUUUUAUUUGUGCUUUUAUCUCUUUAUGUUGUUUUCUAUGAUCCAGUGUUUAACAUGUUUGUUGGCUCAAAAGUUAAGUCAAAA